AUGUUUCCACAAUAUCUCCUUAUUGAAGGGGAGUACAUUUAUUUUAAAAACUUCUAUUCCAAUUGUAUAGAAAUUGACACAAAUGGUAAAUGUAUUGUUUGUCAUUAUGGGUAUCAUCUUGUUGGUGAUAAUUGUUUAAGAAAUAGUAGUGGGUACAUAUCAUAUAAAAAUGAUACUUGUUUAUUGUUUCCAUCAGGAACAAGAAUUAAUGAUUCAAAUGAUUGUAUUUGUUUGUUUUUACUAGUUUUAUGUAUACGUUUAUCAUUGAAUAAGAAUGUUAAUUUGUUGUAG